GCAGCAUCACAAUGCAUGGUCGUGUUUGAGUCUAUCAUAACAAAGCUGCUCCUGAUCAUCUCUAUUUGUUCGAUUAUUUACUCACCAACAUGGCUGCCAGUCUUCAUUAACUUUGCUUUCCUGUUAUUUGCUCUAUUUUCAAUGACUUGCUACUCAUUCUGUUGGAAAAGAUCAAACAAUAUAUACGUAUUACCGAUACUUGUCUAUGAAACGGCCAGCAUUUUUUGGAUAAUGAUCUGGUUGUACGCUAGCAUUACCGCUAUUACAACGGGAUAUUUAUGGUCGCUGGAAUGGAUUGGUGGCCCACAAACGGACAGAACCCCUACUUCUCAUGACAUCCUCGAUGAACCGAUUAAGUACGGAUCCAUCAUAUUGGUCAUUUCUUUUGUGGUCCUUAUUCUGAAGGUACUCGCCUGGACCAUUGCUCGACGGGUUUUCAGAGAACUUCGCAAAGAGCGCGAAAUGUCUAUGGACGAAACAGAAGGUGACUACUUCACAUACACUUUAUGA